AUGGCUCAACCUGUGAUAAAAUACAACAGGAGAAAUGGUGUUAAUGUUGAAGGGGCUACUCAUAAACAAGUGGUGGAUUAUAUACGUUCUGGUGGGGACUCAUUAACACUUACAGUAAUCUCAGUGCCAGAACAAGUUGCAGAAAAGUUGGAACCGAGUGAUGACUCAUCCGGGCCUUCUUACAUUGAUUACUCAGAAAGACGAUCACUUCCUAUUUCGAUACCAGAAUGUCGUUACUUGGAUCAUUAUGGGGACAAACAUGUUGUAUUUGAUGUAUAUAUGGCUGGCAGACAUUUGUGCUCUAGACGCUACAGAGAAUUUGAUACACUUCACAAUAAUUUAAAGAGGGAAUUUCCAGAUUUCAACUUUCCCAAACUACCUGGAAAGAAAUUAUUCACAUUGUCAGAACAGCAACUAGAUCAAAGAAGGCGAGGUUUGGAACAAUAUUUAGAAAAAGUCUGUGCUGUAAGAGUUAUAGGAGAAAGUGAAACCAUGCAAGAAUUUUUGGCUGCUGGUGAUCUAGAUGAGGAAGAAGGAACUAGCGAGGUAGAGUUGAAAGUCUUGUUGCCAGACAAAAAUUUAUGCAUUGUGACUAUUUGCAGAUCAGACAACACAGACACAGUGUACAAGGCUGUUGUGAACAAACUUCAUUUUGAAGAAGUCGCAGAUUAUUUUUAUUUGUUUGAAUCAAUGGAGUAUGGCUUUGAGCGCAAACUUUUACCUCAAGAACUUCCUCACAACAUCUAUAUCCAGAACUACAGCACUGCCACAGCUACUUGCAUUUUGCUUAAGAAAUGGCUGUUCACCAUACCUAAAGAGAUGACUCUUAUUGCAAAUGCCACAGCUCUAAAAUUUCUCUUUUGGCAGGCAGUUGACGAUGUCAAUAAAGGAUUUAUCAAGACAGGGGAUAAAUUGUAUGACCUUAAAGCUCUAAAGGAAGCAGAAAAUGCUCUGGAGUAUUUAAAAACUGUGAGACAUCUAGAAGGAUACUCAGAAAUUGUAUUUCCACACUGUGCUUGUGAUUCAAGGCGAGAUGGUCAUGUUGUUGCUAUAAUUGGCUUAGAAGCUUUCAAACUUCAAGCAUGUAAAGAAGAUGGUACACCUGAGUCUCAGGUCAUUGAGUUUAACUGGAAAGAAGUUAAAUCAUAUGAAGUGGAUGAAGAGGGUAUGUCUUUCAACUUUGAAUACAACAGGCAAGGGAAGAAACCUAGAGUUGUCAAAAUUUUUACACAAUAUUUCUACUAUAUGAAUGAUUGUUUUGAUAGAAUAUCAGAAGAGCUAUCUUGGAAAACAUAA